CGUGGAGGAAGGUUCUUUCGUAAUUUUUUUUCAAUUGUGCCCUCACCAGGUUUAUACCAAGGACUCAAAGCUUCACGACGAGAUGGUUGAGGUUUGGGAGGUGCUUCUGGUGCUGCUGGCGGCUACGAGUGCGGUGUUCGUUGGCGCUCACCUGCUGGCCUGCUACCUGCGAAGGGCGAAGUUUGUGCGAAUGGUGAACAAGCUACCAGGACCGCCCGCCUACCCUAUAUUCGGAUGCUGCCUCGAAUUCAUGGGCUUGCCCAAGCACCGGAUGUUAGAGGCUUACCUGGAGCGCAACAAGAAGUACGGGCCCAUCUUCCGCGGCUGGGUCGGCCCCAUGCCCGUCGUGAACAUCAGCGACCCCGAGUACCUCGAGGUGCUCCUGAGCAGUCCCAAGCACCUGGAGAAGGGAUACUUGUACCAGCUGCUGCAUCCCUGGCUAGGCACAGGUCUGCUCACCAGCACAGGAGACAAGUGGCGCCGCCACAGGAAACUCAUCACGCCGGCCUUCCACUUCUCCAUCCUGCACAACUUCGUGGAGGUAUUCGCCGAAAAAAGCGAGGUGCUGGUCCACAUUCUGCAGAGACACGCCGAUGGCACACCCUUCGAUGUGUUCCCGCUGGUGGCCCGCUGCGCACUGGACAUCAUCUGUGAGACGGCAAUGGGCACUAAGAUAAAUGCACAAGACGAAAAGGAGUCAGAAUAUGUGACAGCUUUGUACGGAGUCUCGGAGGAAGUCUUGUACCGCACACUCCGUCCCUGGUUGCAUCCGGACUGCGUCUACUUCCGCUUGCCGUGUGGCAAACGCAUGAAGAAACACCUCGCUGUCAUACACGGCUUCGCCUAUAAGGUGAGACCUCCUGGACCUCGUCCAAAGCAGGAAGACUCUAUGACAUCCACGUUCUAUGGGUUGAGUGCAGUUCUGUUAUUAGCGCGUGGUGAGAGAAAACACAGUCAUCCACGGCUUCGCCUGGAAGAUGAGACCACCAGGACCUCGUCCGAAGCAGGAAGACUCUAUGACAUCCGUGUUACGUGGGCUGAGUGUAGUUCUGUUGUUAGCGCGUGUAAUAGGUUUUCCACGAGCAACAUUCGGUGUAAAGAAGUCCCAAACCGUCGCAUUUUCUUGGUGUUCCAGAUUAUAGCUGAGAAGAAGAGCAAGCUGGCAGCUAAUGCAACCGCUGAGCAACUAGGACAAGAAACUGUCGAAGGCAAGAAGCGGGCAGCCUUCCUGGACCUCCUGCUGCAGGCGUCCUCCAAGGAGGUGAUGAGUGACGAGGAGCUUCGUGAGGAAGUGGACACCUUCAUGUUCGAGGGAUACGACACUACCACCGUGGCAAUCACCUGGAGUCUGUUCCUGCUGGGGCUGCACCCUGACGUGCAGGCGCGCGUGGCGGAGGAGCAGCACGGGAUCUUCGCGGGCAGCGAGCGCACCGCGAGCAUGCAGGACUUGCAGGACAUGCAGUACCUGGGCCAGGUCAUCAAGGAGGCGCUGCGACUGUACCCCAGCGUCCACUCGGUCUCCCGCCGCGCGGCCUGCGACCUGCAGUUCGGGCAGUACACGGUGCCGGCUGGCUGCACUGUGAGCGCGCUGAUAUACAACACGCACCGCAACGAGCGCCACUUCCCCGAUCCUGACAAGUUCAACCCAGAAAAUUUCUCCACGGAGCGAGUGCGCGCCAGACACCCCUACGCAUACGUGCCUUUCAGCGCGGGCCCCAGGAACUGUAUAGGCCAAAAGUUCGCGAUGCUGGAGGAGAAGAUGGUGUUGUCGUCGGUGCUGCGGCGCUACGAGCUGCGGUCCGUGGAGCCGGAGCAGGGGAACUUGGUCGCGGGAGAAAUGAUCCUGCGGCCCGCUGCUGGCGUCAAGUUGGCGCUCACUCCCCGGGUGUGGGUCUCGCCUUCGUAGUCCGUCCCCUUCUGCACGCCUUCUUGUCCUCACACGGCUCUUUGCUCGGACCAGCUCGCUUCGGCGUUAACCAUUGUCUGCUACGGGACAUUCAGCGGCAUUUCCUUCAUGUGAUAGUUUUCAUUUU